GGUAAUAAGAGGGUGUUUGUUUAGGGGGAUAAAAGGGGUGGGACAAGGAUAAAAAAAUAGAGAUAGAAGAAAUAUAGUGUUUGUUUAGAGGGAUAAGGAUUAGAAGGGGGUAACGGAUAGAGAUAGAAACACCCACUUAUCCCUCCAUUUUUAUAAUUAGGGGGGUGGUAUAAGGGGAGAGGAUCAGAAAUGGGUUUUUCAAGACCAAAUUACCCUUAAUGAAAUUGAAAGGGUAAGAAAAAAGGGUAAAAGUUAGUAAGAAUAUUUUUAUAAAUUUAUUAGUUAUCCCUAAUUUGAUUCUCAUACUUAUCAAACAAUUUUUUAUCCUUGUCCCAUCUAAUCACCUAUGUUUAUCCUCCCAUUGUUAUCCUUCUUAUUACUAUCCCUCCAACUGCCCUGUGAAUUUAUGAUCCAUCAACCAUCAAAGCCUGCGAAAUGUAGCAAUUGACAAUUGACUCAGGUAGCUUCUUUACGAACAAAGGUGUAUAAACUGCGCUCUUUCCUCUACUUUAUCAACCCAUCUUUGUUUAUACCAUAUAUUAUGAAAAAUGUUUGUUUGCUGCCAUUUUCGAACAAUCUGCCAUACUCGCAGUGCACUGCUUAAUUCACCUAAUUUCCACUAUCUUCGCCAUUUUCGGCACCAAUUUAACCUCUACUCAACUCAACAUGUCUUUAAUUGCAAUGCCAAGAUCUCGGCUCUUUCACGAGCAGGCAACAUUGAGGCUGCCCGCCAACUGUUUGAUAAAAUGCCUACGAGAGAUGUUGUCACCUGGAAUGCUCUCCUUACUGGGUAUUGGCAAAAUGGAUUUUUCCAUGAAUCCAAAACACUUUUUGAGUCAAUGCCAGAAAGAAAUGUGGUGUCUUGGAAUUCUAUGAUAGCAGGUUGUAUUGAGAAUGACUUGAUUGAUGAGGGGUUUAAGUAUUUUGAUAUGAUGCCUAAGAGAAAUGUGGCUUCAUGGAAUGCAAUGUUAUCAGGUUUUGUUAAGUAUGGUAGGGUUGAGAAGGCGGUUCAGCUUUUUAGGGAGAUGCCAUACAAGAAUGUUGUUUCUUGCACUGCUAUGAUUGAUGGGUAUCUUCAAAAAGGAAUGAUAAAUGAUGCAAGGGCUUUGUUUGAUCAGAUUCCUCAGAAGAAUGGUGUAACUUGGACUGUGAUGAUUAGUGGGUAUGUAGAAAAUGCAAUGUUCGCGGAAGCUAGGGUGUUGUUUGAUCAGAUGCCAAAUAAGACUGUUGUUGCAACUACUGCGAUGAUAACUGGUUACUGUAAAGAGGGGAAGGUGGAGGAUGCCAGGAAUUUGUUUGAUCAGCUUAGGCAGAAGGAUAAUGUUGCUUGGAAUGCUCUGAUCACAGGUUAUACUCAAAAUGAAUUUGGAGAGGAUGCUCUGAAAUUAUUUUCAGAGAUGCUUAGACUGGGUUUUCAACCAGACAAGGGAACUUUUGUUUCUGUUCUGACUGCCUGCUCCUCUCUGACAUCCUUACAAGACGGCAGGCAAACUCACUCACUUGUUGUAAAGUAUGGAUGUGGGUCAAACCUAUCUGUUUGCAAUACCUUAUUGUCAAUGUACAGUAAGUGUGGUGGUGUUGCAGAUUCAGAGUUGGCUUUUACAGAAAUUCACAGCCCGGAUGUUGUUUCAUGGAACACCAUUCUUGCUGGUUUUGCACAACAUGGUCUCUAUGAGAAAGCUUGUAGACUCUUCAAUGAGAUGUGUGCAAAGGGUUUUACUCCUAAUGGAAUAACUUUUCUUAGUAUGUUGUCUGCUUGUGGUCACACUGGUAAGGUGAAGGAUAGUAUGGCUUGGUUUGAUUCAAUGGUGAAGGACUAUAACAUGUCUCCCAGCUCUGAGCAUUAUGCUUGUUUAGUUGAUAUAUUAUGUAGAAGGGGCCAAUUAGAAAAGGCCUACAAAAUUAUUCAAGAAAUGCCAUUUGAAGGUAAUUCUGGUGUCUGGGGCGCUCUUCUUGCAGCUUGUCAUGUUUACUCGAAUGUAGAACUCGGGGAGUUAGCUGCAACGAAAAUAAUGAAUUUGGAUCCUAAUAAUUCUGGGGCUUAUGUGAUGUUAUCAAAUAUCUAUGCUAGACAUGGUAUGUGGAAAGAGGUUAGCAAGGUAAGGCGUUCAAUGAAAGAGCAGAGUAUUAAGAAAUUGAUUGCAUAUAGCUGGACAGAACUUGGUAAUAAAGUGCACAUUUUUGUGGGUGGGGCUGUUAGUCACCCAGAGAUUGAUAAAAUAUGUAAAGCACUAAAGCACAUCAACUUACAUGUUAAAACUGUUGAAGAUGUUACAGACUUGGUUUCUGAAGUGACCUGUUUUGGCUCAUAAGUAAUAAGGUUGUUCAUUGAUGGUUUGGUUUAUGGUGGCGCUUUCGUGGAACUUCUGGAAUAUAUUGAUAAGAAAUUCUAGAUGCACAUUGCAAAAUAGAGUGAGGGAUCUCCAGAGCUUCCGAUAUCAGCAGCUGGAUCGUGCAAUUGCUGCAAGCCUGCAACUACGGGACUAGUUUUGAGGAUUUUUAAUGUUUGAUGUAGAGAAAUCAUUGUUGCGUCCAAGGGGAAAUUACUUUGAUGUUAGCUGAUACUCUAUUGUUGGGAUCCCUAACUAAACUUUGUGGGUCAAAUGUUAAAUAGGUUGUGCUGGAAUUUCUGACGCUCGGACCCUUCAUAUAUGCUGGACUUGUUAGAAAUAUCAGACUUGGAUGUGCUAUCAUUCCCAAGUAUCUGUAUCAAUUUGAGGUUUCAGAUACGUGUUAGGCAUGUAUAUGGCAAGGUUAAUGGAUAUUAGGAGUACCAAGCAUGGAAUCUUCUUUGAACCACCUUUCUUGUCACCAGCUGAUAACAAAUUGGAACAUGGGAAUUUAAUGGUUUGAAGUGAUUGCUCCAGAGGUCCAGGUUCUUCUGUGACCAUUAGGAAAUAAACAUACAACAACGUUUCUAUCAGGUCUUCCUUGCUCUACUCUCCAUGGUUUUGAUUAUGAGAUUAAAAAAAAAAAACAGCAAAUGUAGGGAAAGGGGUAUAUUUCUCUCCUUUUCCGGGGUUUGUUGGUCAUAAAAUUUUGAAUCCCUAAAUGGUUUCAAUAUGUCGGUAGUUCGGGCAAAAUGGUUGAUCUGCAAUUCUGCAGGAAGACUACAUUUAGAGAUUAAAAAGAAAAUGUGUUAUGGGAGGAAUGUCAAUAUUUAUAUUUCUCUGAGCUUCUGUGCUUCCUGAAGACUUCCAUUUUCAAACAGUGAGGGCCAAAUUAUAUUUCUCACAUAAAUCGCCACAUUUGGCUCCAUAUUUAAUUAGUGCAGUAGCGGAGCUCUAUAGAGUAUGAAGUUGAUGUUCAUGAUUUCUGAGUUGUUAUCAGGUAAGCAAUAUUACAGUAUGUUUGGAUAAAGAAAGGGGAGGGACGAGAAGAGGAGGGGAAGGAAAGGGAGGGGAAGGAAAGGGAGGGGAGGGAAGAAUGGUGAAUUUUUCUUCCAAAUCUCUCCAUCGUUGGAGAGAUCAAUUUCCUAUAAUUUAAUCCCUCCAUUUCUCUCCCCUCCAAUUCCCUUCCUUCUUCAUUUGUUUUCCAAAUGAAAGAUGCCCCAUCUCUCCAUUUCCCUUCCCUUCCUUUCCCUCCAUUUCCUUCAAUCCAAACACACCGUUAGAGAUUUUCUUGUCAUGAUUCUUCCUGGUCAAAGCUGAAGUGUUUUUGAAAUUUUUAAUGCAUGUAUGGGUGAUGUUCUUUGACAGUUUCAUGAAGGUCCUGUAAUAAACAUUUAGAAGUUUGGCUGCUGCUCAUAGUCAUGCUUUUAAAUCAAGGAUAAAUAAAGAGCUUGAUUUUUUUGAAACAACCCCCCCCCCCUUUUUUUUCCCCCUUUUUGAUUGUGAAUGGCUGAAUGCCAAUACAAGUAAAAAGGGGCAAGCAGCUCAUGACAUCACCAACGGCAAACAAACUGAUUUGCUCAUUGGUCAUAUGAGCUGAUUUGAACCUUUCAAACAGUGAAAUUUCUUUAUUUGAUCAAAAUUUUCAAAUUUGUGUUUUACAUUGGUUUCUAAUCUAAUGUCUGUUAAAAUAAUACAAUCUGAUUUAUAUGUAUUUUCAAUCUGUAUGUAUGGCUAUGGCCCUAUGUGAAUCACCAAGGUCAUGAUAAUCCCAUCUCGACAAUUGACACUUGACACGAGUCCCUUUUACCUCAUGUUAUCAGUCUUUAUCUCAUGUUAUCUCUGCUGAUUUCGCUCAUUAUUUCAAAGUUAUUGCAUCCAUUUGAGAGCAAUGAUUAUGGUCAUUAUUCCUUUGUAUUGGUAUCGCGCUAAAUUGGAAAUAAUCUUGAGGCAGUGGUUUCUUAGGAAAGGAAAGCCUCCAAGUUUGGAAAAUAUAUUGAAUGGUCACAAGUGGGAGAUCUCAUUCUUGGUUUAGCAGUGUUUUAUAUUCAAAGUAUUCCUAGGCUUCUUCUCUGCCCUCACACUUGUUUUCUAAAUAUAGAAGAUUCACAUUACCAUAGACUUUGCCUAAAUUUAAGAUAAUGACCCUGUUAAAUAUAUGUCCCAUUUUUCUCUGUCCUCCUCUUUUGACUGAUCUGAUUCUCCUCUCAAUGAGAAAAAAAAAACCAAAAAAAAAAAAAAAA